AUGACUUUAGUGGAUUUAAAAAUAAGUACAUCUACGUCUUUACAUGAUAAAAGCGAUUACGCUCUAAAAAAGCAUUUUAGAUGGGAAAGUAUAAAGAAAUUUGUUUACCUAGCGUUUACAUAUUCGUCAACCACCUACAACUUCGAUAUAUUUUCUAAGGUGCAACACGAUUGCGUCAGACUUUUUGAUUUUCUUUUCUUUGAAAUAACAAUGGGCAUGACUUACAUGUUUAUGGAUGUCUUCAUAAAACAGUAUACAAGAAAAAUUCAUUGCAAUCAAUUGCUGAAUCCAUUACUCAGAGGCAUUACCAUUGGUUGUAUGCUACAGUCGCUGAUGUGGAAUGUUUUUCUAGCAGCUGACUUAGCAGAUUCACUGCGCUAUCUUAUUGCUGGACUACAUCAUGUAACAUUUUGGUCAAAAUGUCAAGAAACCACUCAAAAUGGAUCAUGCCUACCGACAGAAUUGGUUAUUAUAUUUUGUCGAAACCAAACAAAAUCAAAUCUGACCGUAACAUCUGUUCACUUUAAUUACCAGACAUACUUCACUUCGACCGACAGGAGUGAUAUAACUUCAAAAAUGUUUGUGAUUAUAUUCGUAUGGACUAUUAACUUCUUUGUAGCAACCAUUACUGACGAUUCUCUGGUUAAGCUUUUUAGAAUAGCAUCGCUAUGGAGGAUGUGUUCAACUGUUUUCGUCCUAGUGUUCUCGUUACUUUCUACAAAGUACUUUUUAUGGACUGCCAUUAGUCAAAUGUUCGAUGUCACAGCACCUCGAGUGUAUGCAUCAGCCAUCGAUCGCGUUACAUUCUCCUUCGGUAUCGGACUCGUUGGUGUAUAUGAUUUUGGUACUAUGUCCGCACACACUAUGGUCGAUAAUGCGGUGGUAAUAUUCACAAUAGUGUUUACUAUCCUUGCAUUUGCUAGAUCUUUAAUCAUUCGAAUAUUAUAUUUGGCGUUGACACGCUGCGUUAUAGUAAAAAAAGCGAUUAAUACCCACUAUCUCCUUUUUGCUCUAUUACCACUGAGCGCGGAGUUCAUGCAAGCAAACAAAAUUUACACAAUUUACAUAUAUGAGAAUGUUAUAAGCUCUUUAGUUGCUUAUUUGGCAAUGCUGACAUUGACGAUGUCGAAGAUUUUGCAUAGUGAAUUUCGUUCAGUUAAAAAUGUAUACUUGGUUGGAAUAUUAUGUUUUUUAAGUUGCAAUUUGUCUUUUCCUAUAGCAAUGCUUCCGAAAACUAAGCUAAAGGGAAUAUUACUGGGCAUGAAUUUGACUGUGCUGUAUCUAGGAGGCUUUAAAGUAGCUGUAAUAAUGUGGUUGUAUGGAGUUGAUAAAUUCUCAACAGAUGUUCAAUUUUCCCUUGGGUUUAAGCCGACUCGAUUUUGGACAGUGUGUUGGGUGUUGUUUCCGAUUCUGACUUUCAUUUUUAUUAUCCAAAAAAUUUAUAUAUUAGUAAAUUUCACUGAAACCGUGCAAAUGAUCUUGGCCAGCAUAUGGAUAAUAUUCUCGUUAUUGUUAGUGACAAUAAUUCAAGGUAAAACCAUAGCGAGAUAUAUAGUUCGUAAUAAUCUUGUUGGUGUAUUUAAAUGCAGUCCAAAAUACGGACCUCCAGAUCCCGAAGAUCGAUUACGAAGGCGGAAAUUUGAUGUUGCCUUAUUGCACCACCAGUGCGUGCACGAUUGCAUUAUUGUUGAUGAAAAGUUGGAUUGCAAUCAUUUGCCGUUGAUGUUUAAAAACAAGGCGAGACUGGAAUCAAUAUCUGAUACGUCUCUUACAAAUAUAUUUGAAGCUGGGCCUUCCACAAUAAAGACCUCUGCUGUUUUGGAUAUUACACAAAUGCAUAACAAUUAA